GCGAUGCUAAUCCCUAUCAGGAGCACCGCGACGAAUUUAAGGCGACCUCUGCUCCCUGCGAGUGCCAUAAAAAGCUGGCACACGUUGAGGUGGCCUUUGGGAAGGUCCCUGCUUCGCUGCUGGGAGGGAGGGAUACCGAGGAUGGGAAGGUUGGAUUUGUUCUCCAGAAUCUGGCAAAGUGCUGUCUCAGGGAGAACAGUGCAAGGUGGUGACCUGAAACACUCUGGGAGUGCCAGGUGUUGCCUCAUUUAGCAGCUGCCACGGAGCUGCCCUCCAUCAGCUCAGUGGUUCUCUUCUGCACGCUUUCAGUUUUAUAGCAACCUGCGCUGAGUUCCUGCUUAACCUCAAACCCCGAGAAGCAAUGCUGCUUUUUAUUUGUUCUGAACUUCUCUCUUUCUGUUUUUCGUUCCCUGCGUUGUUUUCUGGUUUUGUUUGGUUGGGUUUUUUGUUUUGGUUUUUGGUGGUUUUUUUUUCAGGAACCAGUGAGUAAUCAGUAUCUGUUUAUUCUUUAUAACCCUUGUGAUUCCCACCAUAAUUACUCUGAGUUAUAAAAAAGCUUUAAAUGCUUUCAUUUAAGUGUUUUAAUGUGUACCUUGUGCUUGCAAUGUGUGUCCUGGGCUGGGGUGCAGUACUUCUUGUGGCAACAUCAUGAGCUCUUUGCCCCGAGCUCAUUUUUUGAUUUUUAAAAAGCUCACGUUCUCUUCCAUGUGAGAUGCAAAAUACAUCACUUGAAGGCAUGCUUUGGAGCCAGUUUGCCACUGUUCACCAGCACAGCGGUUUUUCUACAUGGAAUUCAAGAUUAUGAGAUACAUUUUAGAUUAAUAUUUCCAUUUAAAAAAAACUUUUAAAUAUUAUUCAUAGAAGGAACUUUACAGAGAUCCUGGAAAAACAACAAAAGGUUUGCAAUUAGUAGGAGGAAGCUGAACGUGUGGUUUGAUUUGCUUACGUGAUGAGGCCGUGAUUCUUUCGGGGUCCAAAGUAUUUUCACACAGUCUGGUGUCACAUGAAGAUUUGUACCUUUACAGGGAGUAUUCUUUUACCUUACAUGCCAGUAUGUGUAAAUCUGAUGAACUGCUGAGAGACUCCUUGACUCUGGUAACUUUUGCUCACAUUUUAGAAUUGCAAUACUGGAUGCAAAUGAGACUUGGCACUGGUUGCAGUAUUGUAGUGCACAAGCCAUGAUAAAAUACACACUGAAUGCAUGCAUUAACUCCUGUCUUAGUCAUACCAAAACUCUUUGAAAAAAUUGGUAUAGAUUGAGCAAGUGUGUUUUUGUUUGUUUGUUUGUUUUGGUUUCUGUGUUUUGGGUUUUUCUGUUUUCAUUUGGGGGUUUUUGUUUGAUUUUGUUUCCGUUUUGUUUUUGGUUGGGUUUUGUUUGGUUUUUUUCUUUGCUUAUUCUUGUUUGUGUUUUUAUUUGUUAUUAAAUCUCCCUCCCCUGCACCCCCUUCUCCCCAGUGAAAUUUGGGGGUGGAGGAGGACUCAGAGAAGUGCAAUCCAAUGAAAAGUGUGCAGGGGCUUUUUUUUCUCACGGAAAGAAGCUGAGAUUUUCCUGGUGUAACAUUGCCCUUCAUGUACAACAGUGGCUUUGUUAGGACUGAGACUGCCAGCAAAUGCCAGGUGACAAAAGAUGAUAGGAAGACACACUAACAGUUCUUUAUUUUUCUUUUUCCCUCAAAUAGGAAUCAAGAAUGCUUAAACUGGAUUUAUCAUUCAUCCUGCAACGAGCUUAAAACGCCUCUCCACAAAACUUUAUGUCUGAGGUAAAUGGCAGGACAGAAAGUGGUGUGAAAACUUUGAGAGGCACUGAGAAGUCCAAGACUUUGUUUCUGGGUGAAGAAUGCAGACUAUAAAGUGCGUGGUGGUCGGAGAUGGCGCGGUGGGAAAAACUUGCCUCCUCAUCAGCUACACCACCAACGCCUUCCCAGAGGAGUACAUCCCUACUGUGUUUGACAACUACAGUGCCCAGAUGACCGUGGAUGGCCGGACAGUCAGCCUGAACCUCUGGGACACUGCGGGCCAGGAGGAGUACGACCGCCUGCGCACGCUCUCCUACCCCCAAACCAACGUCUUCAUCAUCUGCUUCUCCAUCGGCAGCCCCUCCUCCUACGCCAACGUCCGGCACAAAUGGCACCCUGAAGUUUCUCACCACUGUCCAAACGUCCCCAUCCUUCUAGUGGGCACGAAGAGAGACUUGAGAAGUGACCUGGAAACGGUUAAAAAGUUGAAAGAGCAGAGCUUGGCUCCCACUACCCCGCAGCAGGGGACUUCGCUGGCCAAACAAAUUGGAGCAGUCAAAUAUUUGGAGUGCUCGGCGCUGAAUCAGGAGGGGGUUCGGGAGGUGUUUGCUGAGGCUGUCCGUGCAGUUCUGUAUCCUGUGACAAAGAAGAACACAAGAAAAUGUGUCCUGUUGUAGUUGCCUUGGGUGAUGGAUGUUGGAAGUUGACUAGAAUCUUGGAGGGCUUUCUAACGAGUUAAAUUGAAGAUUUGCAUCUUGCACUAACAGCUCUAAGCAGAAAUGGUUUAUACAAUGAAUAUUCUUGCAGUCUUACUGCUUCAGGGAAACUGAAACAGAACAGGUUUUUUUUUUCCAACUGAGAGGUCAAACACCUACUCUAUUUCUAAAGUUCCAGUCUCCAGCUUCUCCAGGGAUCACUUGAUUAUUUUAGUGGAGGAAAAGAAAAGAGGAGACCUCUUUGAAGCCACUUCUUUACUAGACAGGCAUCAGUUACUAGAUUUGCUGAAAAGCACAAAUCCUGAUAACUUUGCUUUAAGUGUAGCUGCUGCUUUUCCCAUCCUUUAUUUACUGAUUGAAUUUGUUUUACAAACAGAAGUCUGGCUGUCCAGUUGUUUUUUCAAUUUAAAGCUUGAAAACAAUUUGUUUACUUGCAAAAAUGCCUGAACUAUUACUGAGAUUCACCUUGUAGUGAACUGUGAUUGAUUGUCUGAAGAGUUAGCAUGAGGCAUGGUUAAUGCAAUGAGCAAGACCAAGGGAAUACCUGCAAUGAUUUAUUAAUAGAAGCAGGAGCUGAUUUCUCCUUAUGUAAGGAACUUAGAAUAAUGAUGACUCAGUCAAAUGAGUGAUUUUCAUAGUUUUGAGGUGAAGAAGUGGAAGAGUAUUUUAGAUUCAAGUCUUCCAUAAUCUUCUAAACUGAGAUUUUAUUUCACUGUCCAAAGAGACGUUGCACCCCGAGAAUAAAGUUUUAACAAUUACCUUCUCAGGCUGACUGAGGUAUUUAGGAUGACACUUCUCAAAAUGAGAUUUUCAGUGUAAUCCUUUUGAUGAAUCCCAGAGACUUGACAGCAGCCUGUUUGCUCUUGAGCAAGUGCUUAAAUUCCUAACAUUCUUGGGGCCACCAUCUGAGAUUUUUAUGGCAAAUUCCUUUGUUGUUUUUCUGUGAGAAGGCUGACAGAAAAUUUGGAGGUUCUGUUUAUAGGAACCCCUGCUUCUUCCUAUUUUCAGUUCAGUCUGUAAUGGUUAGCCAGUCACUGGAUACGAUUACCUGGGUGGUUUUCUCCUCUCCUGGAUGCUCAGUUCUUAUACACUCUUUUUAACUGAAGUUCUAUUUACACACUUUUUAACCUUCUUUAGCAGCUCUAGUAAGUGGCAGCUGGCUUUUAUUUUCAGGAUGUGCACUGUUCUUUAUGUGUGGUUCCGGGACCAGCUGAGGAGUGAGCGCAUGAGCCCUUCCUUAGACUCAACCUUCCAGCUCCGUGGCAUGAAAGCAGCAUGCUUCAAAGAUACUUUGUGUGAAACCACUGGUGCUGGACUGGGCUUUGUUGUCUGAAGUUGACAGUGCUGUCUUUGUCUGCCUGCAGCCUCAAUUGGUCAUUCAGAACUUGCUUUUUUCUUGUGAUUCCCACACAUGCAAAACUGCACUGGUGUAUACCCUGGUCAGGAAAAAAAAAAAAAAAGUGCCUCAUUUUAGCAAGAUAACAGAAAAUACAUCAACAAGGUUAUUAGGGAUCUUGUGUUAAUUUGACCUUGCCUUAUCUGAUGCUGGCAAAAAUACCAGGUGGAUAGAAACGUUUGCAUUUGUGCCUAAUUCCACUAUUUGGAUAGAAAUGUUGGUAUUUGUGCCCUGAUUCCUCUGUUUGAAGAGGAUGUGCCUUUCUUCAGCUGGUGUAACUGAUGCUGAUGCUAACUGCAGUUUUUUAAUCUGAGACAUGCUCCUUUUGGUGCUGCUUCAGCCAAGUGCAACCCGCAGGUUAUAAACUGCAGUUAGCCCAAGUACUGGUGCUGUGGUCAGUGAACCGACACAGAGUUCCAAAGGCUGAGCACAGGCAGCACCAAAACACCCUUCUGCAGGGUGCCUGCAGAAGCCUGCACACUCUGCACGUUUUUCUUCACCAAGUGCCAUGGCCUGGAGUGUUUUUGUGCCUCUUGCACUUGCAGAGGAAGUGCUGUUCCAGAUGUGGUUCCUGCCUUGAAGGCUGUAGAGAAUUCACUGAGCUAACCUCUACUCACCACCUCCUGCCUUUGCUUUAGCUGUAGGCCUUUAGUGUGGGCUGGGCUUGCAGGCAGCAAUUAACUCUGUGCCUUGUAAUUCAAGAUUAUUUUCUGUAGGUAAAUUUAAGUAACUGAGCAAAUAGACUUUAUCAUGUUUAAAAUGUAUUUAUUUAAGCCAGUGCACGUGGUUUGUUUUAAUGCUGGUCAGACCUGAAUCAACUGUCUAGUGACCCCGGUGCAAGCCCAUAACCUUUGCUUUAUUCAGAAAUGUACUUUUGAAAGUCUGUGAUACGUUUGAACUAGUCUUAAGAGGUGCCUGAAAUUAAAAGUCUACCUUUUUUUUUUUUUUUGGCUACAUAUAUUUGCAGUUUUGUACUGAAGCUACUACUGUUUUUAAAAGUUUUUUACAUACUGAAAUCUUUUAAUCCUGUGCCUUUUUGUGGUUAUUCCUAACUGAAUUACAUGCAUUUUGUGGAGAAGAAAUCUUGUGAGCAAGUAUUAUUGCACAACCCCUCCAUUUCUGUAGGCUCAAGCAGCCUUCCUGGAGUGAACUGGAAGAGAGUGUAGCGAGAUAAAAUUCAACUACUUAAUCAAUUUAUUUGAUUUGGUUACACUGUUGAUUACAUUAUGCCAGAACACCUUAUCCCCACUUAGAUUACUUAGCAGAUGGAUUGCACAACAGUGCUGAGGAGAAUAACAGGAUAGUUAUGAAAAUGAGCAGAGGGAACUUUGAACCAUCAAAGACUUUUUACUCACUUUGGAGAACCUGGUGAUUUAAAUGCUUUCUAUUUCUGUCACCCUCUGACAGGAGUAAAACUCCUGCCUAGUAGCUGGUUUCCUCCUUUCCAGCCUCUGCUUUCCACGAGGGUGAGCUUCAGAACAAAUCCAGCAAGCUUUUCCUUUCAGUGGGCAUUCUCCUUUCGUGAUCCUCCUUCCUUUUUUUCCCCCUCCCUGGAAUUCUUGGUCCUUUUUUUGUAAGUAGUCCAGUGCUUCAGUUUACAAUCAGUUCUGUUUCUUCCAUGCUUUAUUUUUCUUCUGUGGGCAGUUGAAAAAUACAGACUUGGCAUAAUCCCAUGGCUGGAUUUUGUCUUGGUUUUGGGAGGUCAGAAAACUCAGUGUGGGUUUCCUGAACGGUCCAAGGUCCUUGGGUUUGUUACUGAAUAGAGAUGCAAUGUGUAUGUCUUAAUUCACAGAAGAGACUCACUGUGAAGACACAGAUUUUAACCUUUGCUUUGUGAAUUAUUUCUGAACCACUUGGUUUAUUUUUUUUAAACACAGCUGAAGCUGAGCAGUUCAGGAACUGUGUGUCCAAAGGAUAUCCACGUGGUGUGCUUAGAUUUGGAAGUGCUUUCUUCAGUUUAGAGCUGUAGCUGUUUCUAUGAGAUUUGAACUAGAAGAACCUCCCUGUGCUUUGUGUCCGGGUGCUAAACAAACCUCACUGUAGAACCGUGGUGCUGCCGGGCUGACCCCGAGAAGGGCACGGGUCUCACAGGGGUCCCAGCCCGGGCAGCGAGCACCACCCAGCAGCGGGAGCCCAGGCUCUGAAGUGUGGUACUGGUACAUACACUGGCAACUUGAUUUUACGCUAUAAAAUAAUUUGUAUUACACCUAACAGUUUCAAAGGAUCUUUUCCUUUUUUUUUAUUAUUAUUUUAUAAAUUAUGCGUAAUGACAUUGUAAUAAACCUUUCCUCACCUCUCUG